AAGACAAAGCAAGCCAUGGAUCAGCUGGUCACGAUCGAAGAGUGCGCCGCGGUGGUGCGAAAUUCAAAAGCAGUCGCGGGCUCCUUCGAUGUGGUGAGCUAUCGGAUCGAUAGGGUGGGCGGUCAACCCGGAUAUCUUGGGGAGUACUCGCAUUUGGUUGUGAGCGUGAAGGAGGGUGAUGGUGAUUUGCAAGAUUUUCGGUACUUUGUCAAGUAUUUACCGAUAACGGACUUGACGCAGCGAAAGAUCAUCGAAGAGAUCGGAAUAUUUACCAAAGAAGCGGUGUGCUACCGGGAGAUGUUUCCAAAGUUUGAACAAGGGUCGGAAAAGGUCCAAAAGUGGAAGCCGGCUUGCUGGCUUGCUAGGGAUGAUCUGAUGGUGAUGGAGGAUCUCGUGGACAACGGAUUUGAAGGGAUGCCGUAUCGGAAAGAGUUUGGACAAGGGCAUAUGUUGCGGAUUAUAGAAUCGAUGGCCCAAAUGCAUGCGUGUUGUUUGGACCUGGAGAUCAACCAGAUGAAAGGGAUCAAGUUAGAGGACAAAUUCGGAUCAAUGCUCUUUGAAACGACGUUCAUGGAUAAUCCUUGGUUUAUGUCUGGCUUGAAGGGAAUCAAAAAAGCUGCCCUUUGCGCAUCGAAGUAUUCAAAGAAUCCCUCCUACAAGCAAACAAUUGAAACGGAAAUGGACUCCAAAAUUGAUCGUAUCUUCCAGCUUGUCGAACCAUCGACGCAAUACCAAUCGGUAGUAGUCCACCGAGAUCUCUGGUUCAACAACUUUAUGUUCCGAUUCCCGAAAAAUCCUAGUACAGGAGCCUCAGACUACGACAAUCCUUCGAGCUGUGUUCUACUAGAUUUCCAGAUCGCAAGAUACCUUCCACCUGCGGUGGACUUCCACUGCGCGAUCUACCUCCUAACCCGAAGAUCCCACCGGGAUCAGUUCUACGAAUCCUAUGUUGAGCAUUACUUCAAAACGCUAACGGACAAGCUGGAGAAGCUCAACCUAGAUAUUAACACGUUUCUUCCGUGGGAUCAGUUCAGGGAAAGUCUCGAUCACUACCGCUUGGUGGGAUUGCUGUGGUCCGGAGUACUGCUGGCGUUCGUGAAUCUUCCCGAGGGAUAUCUGCACGACCUUCGGGUGAACCACCCGCAGACGUACUACGACUUCUGUCUUGUAAGUAGGGAUAAGGUGAUCGAGGAGUUCCUGGACAAGGAUCGCUACUAUCGGGAUAACUUGUUGGAUACGGUGGACGAAACAUUGGAAUACUUGUUUGGGUUUAAAUAA